AUCGACCAGGAUGGGCUGACGCUGCCUGAACGGACCCUCUACCUGGGACAGGACGAGGAGAGUGAGAAGAUCCUGGCUGCGUACCGGGUGUUCAUGGAGCGGCUGCUCACCCUGCUGGGGGCCGAGCAGGUGGAGCAGAAGGCCCAGGAGAUCCUGCAGCUGGAGCAACACCUUGCCAACAUCACGGUGUCCGAGUACGAUGACAUGCGGAGGGACAUCAGCAGCAUGUACCACAAAGUGACCCUGGGUGAGCUGCAGCGCAUCACCCCCACGCUGAAGUGGAAGCGCUUGCUGGACCGCAUCUUUCAUGACAACUUCUCGGAGGAGGAGGAGGUGGUGCUGCUGGCCACUGACUACAUGCACAAGGUGUCCGACCUCAUCCGUGUGACGCCCAGCAGAAUCCUCCACAACUACAUGCUGUGGCGUAUUGUGGUGGUGCUGAGCGAGCACCUCUCCACCCCCUUCCGUGAUGCCAUCCAUGAGCUCUCCAAGGAGAUGGAGGGCAAUGAGAAGCAGCUGGAGCCAGGCAAGAUCUGCCUGAGCCAGGCCAACAAGCACUUCGGCAUGGCCCUGGGUGCCCUCUUUGUCGAGGAACAUUUCUCCUCUGCCAGCAAGGCCAAGGUGCAGCAGCUGGUUGAGGACAUCAAAUACAUCCUGGACCAGCGUCUGGAUGAGCUGGACUGGAUGGACGAGGAGACACGGAGAGCGGCCAGGGCCAAGCUCCGGUACAUGAUGGUGAUGAUCGGGUACCCUGAUUUCCUGCUGAAGCCGGAGGCCAUCGACAAGGAGUAUGAGUUUGAAGUAGAUGAGAAGACCUACUUCAAGAACAUCCUCAACAGCAUCGCCUUCGGCAUCAGGCUCUCAGUGAAGAAGAUCCGUCAGGAGGUGGACAAGUCCGCGUGAGUGUUCUGGUGCUGUGUGCCCCCUUCCUAAUUGCAAUGCUCUCCUGUGUCUCCAGUGUUCCCUGCUGGCAUCCUGCAGCCCACCCUCUACGAUCCCGAGUUCCCGCAGUCUCUGAACUAUGGUGGGAUCGGCACCAUCAUUGGGCACGAGCUGACCCAUGGCUACGAUGACUGGGGGGGACAGUACGACCGGCACGGGAACCUGGUGCACUGGUGGACGGAGCGGUCGUACAGCAAGUUCCUGAAGAAGGCGCAGUGCAUUGUCAACCUCUAUGACAACUUCACCGUCUACAACCAGCGGGUGAAUGGCAAACACACACUGGGGGAGAACAUCGCUGACAUGGGGGGCCUCAAACUUGCCUACUACGCCUACCAGAAGUGGGUGCGGGAGCACGGCCCCGAGCACCCUCUGCAUCACUUGAAAUACACCCACGACCAGCUCUUCUUCAUCGCCUUCGCCCAGAACUGGUGCAUCAAGCGGCGAUCCCAGUCCAUCUACCUGCAGGUGCUGACGGACAAGCACGCCCCGGAGCACUACAGGGUCCUGGGCAGCGUCUCGCAGUUUGAGGAGUUCGGACGGGUUUUCCACUGCCCCAAGAACUCGCCCAUGAACCCGGUGCACAAGUGCUCGGUGUGGUGA